AUGGUGAACAAUCGAGCCCUAUUAAGGAAGGUGUUCUUGCUGCCGUCUUGUAACGUAGCUGUUCAAAGUGUUCGAUUAAAGAAAACUCUUCCGGUGGUGGAAAAGGAUAAGCCCGAGAAACUUCCUUACUCACCCUUCGGCGUGAAGCAAUCGAACUGGGCCGAUUGGACCGUCGCCCGGCUGGAUGACGUGUUGAACUGGGGUCGCAAAGGCUCUAUCUGGCCGCUGACGUUCGGUUUGGCGUGCUGCGCCGUCGAGAUGAUGCACAUCGCUGCACCACGGUACGAUAUGGAUCGGUUUGGAGUGGUUUUUCGGGCCUCGCCCCGGCAAGCGGAUGUGAUCAUCGUUGCCGGAACACUGACGAACAAAAUGGCGCCGGCCUUGCGGAAGAUUUACGAUCAAAUGCCCGAACCACGGUGGGUGAUCUCGAUGGGUAGCUGUGCGAAUGGCGGGGGCUACUACCAUUACUCGUACUCGGUCGUGCGAGGCUGCGAUCGUAUCAUACCGGUUGAUAUCUACGUGCCGGGAUGUCCUCCGAACGCCGAGGCCCUGCUGUACGGGGUUUUACAGCUUCAGAAGAAAAUCAAGCGCAUGAGGACUUUGCAGAUGUGGUAUCGGAAGUAA